GCAGAAGCACUUCCCCACACGCAAGCUUUCCCCAGACUCCCCCAAGAUGCAUAUCGCCGCGGCAGGAAGCUGGACUUUCCCAGCCCAUGUCUCAUACGUAUCAUUCCUGAUGUACACAGAUGCUGAGACGCCCUGAAGCCUCCCAACAUGUCCGACCAAGCUAGACAACGUAUCGAGGCGCUCGGAAAGCAGCUCGCGCCCGUGAGGAAGGUAGCCGGCGCAUCAAGUGGGCCGCGCCUCCAGGGCAAAGUGGCCAUCGUGACCGGAACAAACUCAGUACUGGGGAUCGGACGAGCGACGUGCCACCAAUACGCCGAAAACGGGGCCAAGGCCAUAUACUUGUGUGAUUUCGACGAUUCCAACUUAGAGUCGCACAAGCGCGAGAUCAAUGCUACGUAUCCCACUGUCGAGGUGCACAUACGCCGGUUUGACGCGGCAAGUGAGGACGCCGUCAAGGACGUGGUUGAGCAUGCAAUCCAGACGUAUGGGAGGCUGGAUGUCUUCUUCGCCAAUGCUGGCAUUAUUGGCCAACCAAUACAUUUCAAAGAUGUCGAAAAGAGUGACUUCAUGAAAGUGAUGGAGACAAAUGCUGCCAGUGUAUGGUUAGCUGCAAAAUACGCAGCACCGGCAAUGAUGAAGACUUCGAGUGACAAGCCAGCGCCUUGGGGAAGCAUCAUCGGCACUGCUUCCGUGGCAGGUAUCCGCUCCAAUGCGGGUCCUACUGCCUACUCUGCAGCAAAGGCGGCUGUUGUGUCGAUUGCCCAGACUUGUGCCUAUCAACUUGCUGGUACUAACAUUCGUGUAAAUGCGAUAUGCCCGGGCUUGAUCGAGACUGGCAUGACGGCGCCAACAUUCGAGACAGCCAGAGCUCGUGGUACCGAGAAGAAGAUUGGCCAGCUGAAUCCUCUGAGAAGGGGCGGCAACGCUGACGAGAUUGCGCGUGUUGCUCUCUUCCUGUCAAGCGAUGAGUCAAGCUACGUGAACGGACAAGCGUGGGCUGUAGAUGGUGGGUUAAGUGCGGGACACCCCUUCGUCCCCGGUAAACUCGCAUAAGUGCCGUUCUGAUGCCAUGCCCUUUUGUGGCUCACCCAUCCGUCGUUGCCGGCGCACCUUCCUAUAGGUGAGGAUGACUACAAAUAAUCGUGGACAUAGUUCUCGGCAUGAAGAAUGGUCCCAGAGGCGACGCGCCCUAGUAGGCUGUCAUUUUCGGCGCUACAUGCCUGUACGCUGAAUGGAAAUUUAUCUGUCCUCCACAACCGAACCCCACGCUUUGUUGGUACUUUGAUCAUCAAUUUCCGGUGGAGUUUCUUAGCUGAUUCCCCAAGAAUCCAUCCCCAUUCCAGAGAAAA